AUGUACAUACGUCGUAAGCUCAACUCUUGCUAGAAACGUCUCCUUUUCUAGAGCUCAAUCUCGAAGCAAAUACACGAGGGAUACACGAAAAAAAUUAAUCGUGAGUUGCUUGUUUAGUCGUAUCUCUACACUUGGAUCGCGAAGGUAUGAGUCACUGUGAUUAUCUACGAGCUGAUGCUGUCUUCAUAUUCGUUCAAAUCAAUUAAUGGGUUCAUCGUUUACAAAGAAUACGAAUAAAAACAUGAACAGCAAUAAUACGUCAAGGUCAAACAGCAGCAUGGGAAGUGAAAAUAACGCAAGCAACUCCAGGCCGUUGAGCAUCCAAACAGUCAGGGCUCAGAAUGAUUCGCGACAAUCGCAUCCGCAAUCGAUGCCAACUCAACCAAGGCAGCCAUCCAAUCUACAAGGGCUGCUUCGAUUUGCCAUGGAAGCUAGGCAAGAGGAGAAUGCUUCACAGUCUUCGCAGUUCCAACCGCUGGAUCAGGAGCGACAAGCGUUCUUGAAUCAAGCGUUGUCUUCUAUGACUGUAAAUGUGAUAGAGGAACUUCAAAAGUCGAUAAAAGUGUUGUCCAGUGCAAGCGAACUCCAGCUUGAGAAUGAACCUUCCCAAUACGAUAAUGCACUGGAUGUGAUCGCAAAUUAUGUCGACAACAUGGACACUGCAAAUGACUUUUACAAAAUUGGAGGCUUCGCGAUAUUCGAACCCUGCCUUAAUUCUAAGUACAGCAGUCACAGAUGGAGGGCAGCUGACAUUAUCGCUGAGUUGACGCAAAAUAAUCCAUACUGUCAAGAAAAGGUCUUGGAGUUUGGUUUGAUGCCGACACUACUGCAUAUGGUAGACACAGACCCCUCAGAACAGACCAGAAUUAAGGCCUUAUAUGCAGUUUCUUGUUUGGUGAGGGAGAACCCAGUAUCAUUGACUCACCUGAAUGUCAAUGAUGGCUAUUCAGUUCUGCUAAGGGCAUUGCAAAGUCCAAUAGAAAAACUGCAGAUAAAAUCUGCCUUCCUGUUAUCAUCUUUAUGUAGCAAAGAUGGCAAUCCCCAUAAUUUAAAGACAACUCUUGUUAAUAUGGGUUUGAUCGAACAAGCGGCUGGUUUGCUGGCCAUGCAAGGUCUUCAUCCAGAUACAAGGGACCAGCUAUUGAGGGUACUAGCUGGAUUGGCCAAAAAUAACUACUUGCCAGCAUUGAAGGAAUGCAGAAGGCCGCAACUUUGUCUGAGGCAGACUCUAGAACGUCAUCAACGUGAACUAAGGGCAGAAGAAAGUUUCGACGAAGCUGACAUGUGUGCUCAGCUUUUAGAUCAAAUAUUUUCAGAUCAUGAGACAAAUCAGGAGAGAUAGCCGAUCUCUUGCGUGCAGCCAGAUCGAUGAUCUGCCUAACAGAGUUGUAAUUCUUGUUCAAUUGUAACACAAAAUAUGUACAAUAAACAUAAAUAUUUAUUUUUUUUCCCUUA